AAAGAUCGUCGGCAACAACGUGGACACUUGUCAAAGGAGAAGUGAUAACUUUUCGGAGAUGGGGACAUAUGUUAUGGUUAUGUGGCGGUAAUUCUGGUCGGAGACAAAAGCUAUUCCAAAAAUGGAACAAGCAGUUGUAAAAGAUGCUCUCAAACUAAUAGGGAUAUGUUUGUUGUGGUACACUACGAGUUCGGGUGGAAAUAUUGUAGGGAAACUGGUCUUGAACGAGUUUCCUUACCCGAUGACAGUAACGAUGGUUCAGCUGCUUUCGGGAGCUUUAUAUCUCAAACCGAUCAUAAACAUGAUGUCUGUUCCUGACACUGGUGAAGUGCCACGCUAUUACUAUUGGACUAUGAUAUUACCGCUAGCGCUGGGGAAAUUUCUAGCGUCUGUUUCGUCACAUAUCAGUAUUUGGAAAGUUUCGGUGUCUUAUGCUCAUACAGUGAAAGCUACUCUACCACUUUUUACAGUUUUAUUAUCAAGAAUCAUCCUUGGAGAAAAACAGACAUAUCCUGUUUACUGUUCCUUAAUUCCUAUCAUUGGAGGAGUUGUCAUAGCAACACUAACCGAGAUCUCGUUUGAUUACAUCGGCCUGAUAAGUGCACUGUGUGCAACUAUUGGUUUUUCUUUACAGACCAUAUUUUCUAAAAAGUGUUUGAAGGAGACAGGGUUACACCAUCUACGCCUGUACGUCACCAUCUGUCGCCUGGCCGCCGGCUGCUUCCUUCCCAUGUGGGCACUGUUUGAUCUCAGGAGAAUCUAUGCUCACCAUGAUUCGAUGUUGGAGGGCAGAAUGCUUAAUUGUAUGGUCCUGCUGCUGGUGGAUGGAUUCUUUAGCAUGCUACAGAAUGUGUUUGCCUUCACUGUCAUCGCUAUGGUAGCACCCCUUAGUUACGCUGUGGCCAACGCCACUAAACGGAUAGUGAUCAUUGGGGCAUCUCUGUUCUUCCUGCGUAACCCAGUCACCCCCAUGAAUCUACUGGGAAUGGCCAUCUCUGUAUUUGGUGUCCUUUCAUAUAACAAGGUGAAAUAUGACCAGAAUGUGGCAAUGCGUCAUGCUGCAACACUUCCACUUGUAAAAAGUACAUCUAACUUGGAGGCGAUGGACAAGAAUCAUGUAUCGAUCAUGUUGCAUCACUCUCAAAGUGCCUCAGAUCUAAAACUUCACUCAAAUGGUCUUACAACAGACCAACUUCACAACCACAUACUGUUCAACAACAAUCAUUUCCAGUCUAACAAUGUGACUCUAAUACCAGUACAGUCUAGUGAGAGCACAGGAGACAGAGAAUGGCAGACAACCAGAGAUCGUGGCAAUGUACAUUCCAGGAUGGUUUAUCAUGUCUAAUGGCCCAGUCCUUGUUAAUUCAUCAUGUCUAAUGGCCCAGUCUUUGUUAAUUCAUCAUGUCUUAUGGCCAAGUACUUGUUAAACUGUGUUACUUGUUAGUGGUGUAUGAAUACAGUCAUUUUAUAAUACCUUGUUUUUAAUUUUAAAACAGAUUUUAAGAUUUACACUUCGAUCAUCAGAAGAGAAAUGCCUAAAUGUCUUGUACUCGUAGAGAAAAAUAUUUUGUGACAUAUUUGAAUCUCUUGUACUUUGGAAGAAAAAUGUAUUGUGAAGUGUUGGUAUCUCUUGGGUGAUAAAGUUCCUCACAUUUUUUCUAGUCAAUUAUUUUUAUAUGAUGUACGCAAAAAGAAGAAUGUACCUUUGAGUAGCCUUGUAUGCUCCAUGAGUGUUUUUUUAAAUGAAUGUUAAUAUGUUAGACUCAGAUGUACCAGAUGGCUUGAUUUAGUACUGUGUUCAUGGAAGCUUUCGCCAAGUCAGAUACAUUUUGUCAUUCCCUUCACUGUUUAAAGUCAUUAUCAUCCAGUGUUAACUUCGUCCUUCACAAGUCAUUACUUCUGCUAUAUGAUGUACCAUCUUGUACUAAUACUCGCUGUCACAAUAAGUCUGGGGGCGUCAAAUACACAAGUUUGAUUGUGGCAAAACUUUUACUGUAUCAUGAAGUAUAAUAAAUAUCCAUUAGUCUUUUAGUUCUCGAUCUUAAUAUAGAGUUAAAAAUUGAUUAUGCAUUAAAUCAUGGAAGAUUCCUAAUAACUGAAUUAACAAGUAGCCGUUAUUUUAGAUUAUGUAAUAAAUAUUUUGAAAGCCUAAUCACUGAAUUAACAAGUAGCCAUUAUUUUAGAUUUAUGUAUUAAAUAUUUUGAAAGUGAUUUCAAAUAUUACUGUUUUGUUAGUUCAUACACCAAAAUCAGGAAUUUAAAAUAAUUAAGAGAAAAUAAUUCUAAGAAGACACAACCAAAAGUAUUGAUCUAAAAAUAAAAACAAAUCAUCAUUAUCAUCAUCAUCAUCUUCCAGGUCAUUGGUGGCAAUACAGGUAUCAACGAUCAUUGUGGAGUUCUGAUAUCUAUCUUUGUAUUACAUAUAUAACAACUUAGUAUGAACAAUUUAGUUUCUGUCUGAAUUUUUUUUACCAUGAAUUUUAUUUGUGAAUAUCUGUUUAUGAAUUGCACUUCGCAAAUAGUAAUAAUGGUUUGAAUUUCCAGAAAUGACCAAAAUUUGGAUUAUACUAGAAUUACAUGCCUGUCAAAAGGUUAACAUACCUCCAUGGUCCACUAUUAGGUUUAAAAACAUUUUCUUGGAUAUGUGCCUCAAUAAUUAUUCAGGAUACGUUUGAAUUCAUGAUUAAUUUUUCUCUCAAAUUGAAAUUAUUGAAAGUAAAAAAGAUAUGUUACCAAUAAAUGUACAUAAUAGACCAGUAAGCAAACAGAUGUCAUUGAGUGGUUUCACUUCAUUAAGCAUCCUAUUGACAGCCAAUGUAAUUUAGACUCGGUUGUAGAGGAGUGUUAAUUACAAAUGAACAAAAAUUGUAAUUUCAAGACGUCAUGAAAUGACUCAACAUUCCAAAUUGAGAUUUGUACAUUUUCAUCGGGUAUUUAUGAAUAUACUUUUAUGGUGCAUUCAUCCCGUAAUGAAAUUACAAAGUUUUUUGGAUAUGAAAAAAUGAGCUGGCAGAAUUUGUUUGUGGUUUAACGUCCUCUCAUCAUCAGCCUGCAGGGUCAUAUAAGGCCAGGGGGCUGGCACAAGUACCCAUAUAUAAAUAGACCAUAUUGUUUUUAGGUAAACUUCUAUUGUGUUCCAUUGUGUAACACUUUUACCCAAACUUAUAGUUGCAGAAUAAAUGUCUGAAGUUUAAACAUGUUUUAUUGCCAAAACGUUAAGAGGAUAAGUCGUAAUUACUAAAAGUUAAGUUGGUUUACCAGCUUCCUUUACAGUUCUUUGCAAAGUUUUUGUUGAUACACAAUCUUGUAAUCAUUAUCAAUUGGUGCUGAUAAUUGUAUUGGAGACUUUCAAUGUUUACGCAAAUAAGAUUUAAAAAAAGCUUUUUUGCUACCAUUGUCUUCCUCAUCCACUGCUUUCUGGUGAAAAUGUGGAUAAUACCCCGAGUGAUAUUUUUAGCUGGAUGAUGUUUUUACCUGGUAUUACUAACACAAUUUCAAGUACAAAGCAUAGAUUUUCUUGUAAAGAAUCGUCUAAUAUUGCUAAUAUUUUCUGUAAAUGUUUGCACAUCAGAGGUUAUCAUAUUGCUGGAAGAAAUCACAUUUUAUGGCCUGUGUGUUAUGCAAACUAAUAUACAACACCAUGUGCAAGAACAGGCAUACAGGUAUUUAUACAAAAGUAUAAUUACAUUCUAAUACAAACUGUCAUGUUCAGUUGGUGAAUGUAAUUUGACGAGGUAUUUGCUAUUUGUACUAAUAUUAUUGAUUACAUAGCCAAUGAGAAAACCAUUAACACAAAAACACCGGGGAAUGAAUUAUAAUUUAAAGUUUAAUAAAUUUAUUAUCUUGUGCUGUUAUCAUUUUCACUUAGAUGAAAUGUUUCAUUUGGAGUGGAUGAUUUUGAGGGUGGUUAUAUAUUUUUGUUAUGAAUUGUUGACUAUUUAUUGUUGUUUUAUAGAACAAAUGUCUUUUUGAGUAUGUAUGAUGGAUAUGAUAAACUUGAAUUGCAUGCUGACAAUUAACAGAUACAUAAUGUGUUCUGAAACCUCUGCCACAAGGUCAGUGUGAUAUGAUCAGUAGGUACUUUAUUUGCCGUUGGUUAUGGUCAUCUAUCUGUCAGUUUUUUUAUUUUUGCAUUUUCCAGUUCUGAAAACAACUUAUCCAAAAUGGUCAAAUUGAACUUUAGACUUUAAUGAUCAUUUGGUCAGAUUUUUUUUCUUUUUUGUGGUCAUAAGCAAAAUAUGAAAUUGUUCAAGAUCAUUACAGUUUUAUUCGGUCAUUUCAAUAAGUCAAUUCAAGUAUGCUUAGCUCAGAAACUUAGCUGUGGUUCAAGAAAUGCCAGAACUGUCCAGAGGUCAACGUUAACUGUUGAUAGUAUUGGUAUUGAACAGUCUCUUAAGAACAGAGGUUGCUAUCAAUGCUAUCAAUGAAAUAUUUAAUUAUGUGCCCAUUCAAGUUUGUUUGAAAGAGAAUUUUCAUGUCAUUAUUAAUUUAGGGAGUUAUAUGCUACAUAACAUAUUAACACUCAGAUUUUUUUUAGAGUUGUCUCCCUUAAUAUUUUUGAAAUUGGCAUGAAUUUAUUUUUUUAUUAUAGUUCAGAUGUGUCUUCAACUGACAAACUUGACCCAAAUGCCUAUUUAUUCUGUAUCUCUUAAGGUACAUGUGACAUACCUCCUUAACAUUGCUUUAGCUUUAAAUGGUGAGAAAUGUUUCCGUUAGAAGUUUUAAUAUUUUGUGUUUAUUAAGAAUGACCAGGACCCAGGAUCAUGAAACACCUCAAGUUUUGAAUUUAAGUUUUUACUUAACCAAUCACAUAACGUCAUAAAAAGGGACAUCAGACAUGAUUGGCUAAGCAAAAACUAUAGUCUGAGAUUAUUUCAUGAUUCCGGGGCCUGGUGAUCAGAUGUAUAUAAGACCCUUUCAUACCCAAGGAUGAUAGAGAAAUUCCGCGCGGAGAGUUUCCAAAUUGGGCAAACCACAAGGCUUGCCAAGGGUUUUGUACCAAUUUGAAAGUCUUCAGAGUUUUUCUCAUUCCAUUCACCAGAACUAGCUCAGAAACCUCCAUUUUCCACAGCAUUAUUUGUAUGGUCCUAAUUGGUUGAAUUCACAUACAAAUGUAAUUGUUAACCCAUUGAGAAUGCCAAGUUGGGUUUAAGAUAGAAAUUUGUUACACCCUUUUUUGCAUUGGAUAUGUGCAGAGGAAUGAAAGUGUUGUUUUUAUUCGAAGAUGAUUAAAAGGUCAUGCACUGGGUUCAAGGUUAUAUAUAGAUCAUUUUCUACAGAAAUGAUAUAGGGUCAAAGGUCAAAUAAACAUAUGUAUGUAUUCUUUAAUAAAUAUCCAUUGAGGGGGGCAAAGUUUAGUACAGACUUAUGAGUAGUGAUUAUCAUAUUGGUCUGUCAGAAAAUAUACAGAUUCAGUGAUAAAUAUCCAUGGUGGGGGGGGGGGGGGUAAAGUUCAGUACAGACUUAUGAGUAGUGAUUACCAUAUUGGUCUGUCAGAGAAUACACAGAUUCAGUGGUACAGUCAUUAGUUUACUGAAAAUCCUAGUUGUAUUUAUCAGAAUAAACGUCAGGUGCAAUUAUUGUAUUUAUGAUAGGUUAUAUACAUUUUGUUGUUUACAGGCAACUUGGAAAUUAUUACUUAGUGUUCUGGUGGUAAGAUCUUCAUUCAAAAGAAAAAAACAGUACUUCUGUUUUACAGCUGUAUUGACAUGGAGUGAUUAUGAAUGACUUCAAAAUAUUAUGUUUACAGUUUGUAAAAAUAACAAAUUCAAAUUUGUGAUUAAUUAAAAUCACAAACUAAAAAUAAAACAGUAGCCAAGCCAUUGAGUUGCCCAGAUUUAUAUUGUUACUUUUCCUUUCACAAAGAUUAAAAAAUCGCGACAACUUCACAUCUAUCUGUCUGUGUUAUUUGAUUUAAACCAGGUAUAUAUAUAAUAUUUAACUUUCAUGUGAUGCUUGACAUGUAUGAAAAAAUUGAAAACUGAAAAAAAACCAAUUGUAUGCACAGUACUUGUGUUGAAGAAUAAAUGGUGACUGUCACCCAGGCAGCGGUCAAGUGGUCAAUA